UGAUAACCAAUUUACAAAGUUCUAUAAUAUACUUACUAGUUAAGUAAGACUAUACUUUUUUUCUAUUUAAAAAAGUAUUAUUUCACGGUGAAAAUGUCAUCAUCCGUGGUGAAAUUUCCUUCUAGUGAUAACAAUACUAGUAGUCAUGAUGAUGAUAACCAUUUGAGUAUUAAUGCUUUCUCUCUUUCACCUGAGAUUUUUCUUGAAGCUGCUAUUGCUCUCAAAGACCAGGUAGUUGAGGCUACAUGGACAGAAGUUUGUGCCGGAGGUGGUGAAAUUAUAGACCCAACGGUUUAUACCGGUUUGUUGGGGACAGCAUUCACCUGCCUACGGUUCUAUGAGGUUAAUGGUAGUGACCGCGAUUUGAAGUUGUGUGCGGAUAUUGUUGAUGCUUGUGCUGCUGCCGCCGCUAAGACGUCUACAAGGUAUAUGACAUUUUUGUCUGGGAGAGGAGGGAUAUAUGCCUUAGGUAUGGUUAUAGCAGAGCGUUGUGGAGAUCAUCACAAGCGCAAUUUCUAUCUUUCCGGAUUUUUGGAGUUGGCAGAAGAGAAAGCCCUCCCUGCAGGACCUGAGGAAGGUGGCUUUGGAAUGUCAUACGAUCUUCUUCACGGACGGGCCGGGUUCUUGUGGGCUGCUUUAUUCAUAAACAAACAUUUGGGCCAAGAAACCGUUCCAUCUGAUCUCCUCAAUCCUAUUGUCACAGCAAUAAUAGCUGGAGGAAGGGCGGGCGCAUCUAACCAUGCUGUAUGCCCUCUGAUGUACAGAUGGCACGGGACUAGGUACUGGGGUGCAGCCCAUGGACUCGCAGGUAUAUUACAUGUAUUGCUUCAUUUCCCGUUAUCUGAAGAAGAUGCAGAGGAUGUAAAGAAGACUUUGAGAUACAUGAUGAGCAUGAGGUUCCCUCGUACCGGUAAUUACCCAUCAAGUGAAGGGAAUGCAAGAGACACUAUGGUCCAAUGGUCUCAUGGUGCAGGCGGCAUGGCUAUAACCCUCUGCAAGGCGUCUCAGGUAUUCCCACAUGAACGGGAGUUCCGAGAUGCAGCAAUUGAAGCAGGGGAAGUGGUAUGGAAGAGCGGGCUAGUAGAGAAAGCAGGGCUUGCAGAUGGUGCUGCUGGGAAUGCUUAUGUUUUCCUUGCUCUAUAUCGACUAACAGGAGAGACUAUAUAUGCAGACAGAGCCAAGGCAUUUGGUGGUUUCUUGUAUAACAAUGCAAGAAAGCUUAUAACUAGCACCAGUUCGGAUGGACUUGACCAUGGUUCUUCCCUAUUUCAUGGUCUAACUGGAGUGGCCUGUCUAUGGUCUGAUUUGGUCAGACCAGAAAACUCCAGAUUUCCUGGAUUUGAAAUCUAGACAUCUAGGCAAGAGUCCGUUAUAUGUAACAAAGUUUGGUUGUAACUUGUAGUAUAUGUAUACAUAUAAGUCAAGAAGGAUCCCUGAAGCAGGGUGACCACGUCAUCGCAGCACCUUUUGCUUUGGCUGCUUUUUGGGUAUGUUCCCAAAGAUUGGAAGUUACGGUAUUAUUCCAGUUCUAUCUGUGAAUACUUUGUUCAUAUCAUAGGGAUCUUGCAUUUCAAACUUGGAAUAUGGUUUAAGUUCUUACUUUUCAAAAGAAGUUGACGGUUUGAUA